UUUAGUAUCUCUACUAAUAUGAAGGAGAAACAGGGCAUGAUGGCCCUAACAUCUCAACACAUGGCAGAUGCCUCUUUAGCAAAGUCCAGAAGCUGAAGUUCCUGUUCAGCAAGGAAUACCUCUCAUUAUCUGUGGGAAACACAGCCCAGAAAUGGGAUUCCAGAAAUAUGAACAAAGCAAACUAGACAUCACAAAAGCUUCUAGAUUCGGCUUGAUUUAAGUUCUUUUGUAUUUCAGAGCAGGAAUGGCCAACCAGAGGUUCUCUAGCAAGUUUUGGACUACAAAUCCCAUCAUCCACAGCCACAACAGCUGUCCAACAAAGACACCCCUGCUGUACAGAUUGUAAAGGUUCUGUGAAGUACAUUGGACAGCUCCCAGAACUCAGCAUCAUCCAAGACAGAUGAAAGAGGUCUCACCCAGAGGCAGAACCAAAGGAUGAAGAUGAAGAGGGGGCACUGACAGGUCAUCCCAGAAACCCAACCCAUGUUGCACCAUUUUCUGGGGGACUCCCUAAUGUUUUGGGGGACACUGUGGGGAAAGAGCUCACUGAGGAACCCUGCAUGCCAGAACCCUUUCCAGCACCUCGCAUCACCAAUGACAUCCUGGAGGAAAUGCUCACUGAGGAACCCUCCAUGCCAGAACCACUUCCAGCACCUCACAUCACCAAGGACAUCCUGGGGUAAGAGCUCACUGAGGAACCCUCCAUGCCAGAACCACUUCCAGCACCUCGCAUCACCAAGGACAUCCUGGAGGAAGAGCUCACUGAGGAACCCUCCAUGCCAGAACCUCUUCCAUCAACUCACAUCACCAAUGACAUCCUGGGGAAAGAGCUCACUGAGGAACCCUCCGUGACAGAACCCCUUCCAGCACCUCACAUCACCAACGACAUCCUGGGGGAAGCGCUCAUUGAGGAAACCUCCAUGCCAGAACCCCUUCCAGCACCUCACAUCACCAACAACAUCCUGGGAGAAGCGCUCAAUGAGGAACCCUCCAUGCCAGAACCACUUCCAGCACCUCGUAUCACCAAUGACAUCCUGGGGGAAGAGCUCACUGAGGAACCCUCCGUGACAGAACCCCUUCCAGCACCUCACAUCACCAACAAGAUCCUGGGGGAAGCGCUCACUGAGGAACCCUUCAUGCCAGAACCCCUUCCAGCACCUCACAUCACCAACAAGAUCCUGGGGGAAGCACUCAUUGAGGAACCCUCCAUGCCAGAACCCCUUCCAGCACCUCACAUCACCAAGGACAUUCUGGGGGAAGCACUCAUUGAGGAACCCUCCAUGCCAGAACCCCUUCCAGCACCUCACAUCACCAACAACAUCCUGGGCGAAGUGCUCAUUGAGGAAACCUCGAUGCCAGGGCCCCUUCCAACACCUUGCAUCACCAAUGACCUACUGGGAAAAGUGCUCAUUGAGGCUACCUCAGUGCCAGGUCCUUCCGUCCUCACAGACACUCCAAAGGAAGCAGCUUCUGUGUCAGAGCCCUUACUAGAGCCUUCCAUUGCUGAUAAUUAUCUUCAGCAAGAAGUAGAACUCCUCAAAGGGUUACAGCAUGACUAUGUCCAGCAGCAUAAGUAUUGCGACACCUCAGAAACCUUUUGCAUAUACACCCAGCACAAAGAUCAGCUGCAGUUUUGAUACCCAGCGCAGAUGAUGGACUAAGCCCUAACACUGCCCUUUUUGCAAGUCACCAGUACUCAGCCUGGUCAGCACAUACAACAUUUGUUCCUUUUUGCUCUCUUUGUUGCAGAACUGAGGGUUUGCCGCAUUUCCCAACAGUUCCCUCAUUCUCUCUGGGCCAUCAACCUGCAAAUUGGACACAUGCGGACAAGGCUCAUCUGCAGUGAAGUUCAGCUGCAGCGGUGGAAAAGGGAAGGUGUCCAAGCUCCAGUGCCUGUAAUCCAAGCAGCUUCUCAGAAUGUUCCUGCAGGCUCUGCUGCACUUCUCCAGCCCUCUGGGUCUGAUUCAUCAUUGUCCUCUGCCUCCCUGGAGGUUGCCUUCAUCCCACCCUCCACCUCCACCUCUUCCCUCCUCCUGCAUCCCUCUCCACCUCCUCCUCCUUCCCCACCUCCUCUGUAGCCGGACCUCAGCUAUGUGAAAGAAACUCUGCAGAGUUUGGUAGAGAUGCAGGUCCAUCAGCUGCGUGACCAUAAGUCUCACAGAGGCAGCACUCCAUAACCUCUACCUUUUCCAUCCUCAUUGUGAUUUUACAAUCUAAAAAACUUAUAGUCUAAAAACAGAGACAGGGAUACAAUAGAAGAAGUAGAGGGAAGCUGAGGUGGGGGCAAGUGGGGGAAAGAUGUGUACGUAUUUCAGCCACAGCUCCUUAGGACCAGGAAGACCCAGGUUUGAAUUCUCAUCCAGCCAUGAAACUCACUGGGUGACUUUGGGCCAGUCACUUGUCCCACAGCCUAACUUACCUCUUAGGGUUAUUGUGAGGAAAAAAUAACCAUGUAUAAACCUCCCUGAGCUGCUUGAGGAAGAGCAGAAUAUGAAUGCUAAAAGGAAAACAAAUAUCAGCCCUUUUGAGUUUAAGCUGAGAUGAAACAGGAAACCAAGGAGGAUGAUAUACAAUUGUGCAUAUUGCAAAUCCUCCUUAUAGUGUCAUCAAUGUACAUGGGCAAAAGUUCCCUGCCACCAGGAGCAUACAGUCUAAAGUUUGGCUUUGGAGAGAGAAGUGAGGAAGAGGAGGAAUGGGAGAGGAAAGCAUAAGGGGCAUUCAGUUCAAGCCGAUGGAGCUGCCUCUACUGAGGCAUUACGCCAAAGGCUGCACAGUGGAGGUGGGUUUUCAGGUAUCAUUGGAGGGAUAGGAGAGAGACGAGGGGCCACAUCUGAGUGGCUGUUCCAGACUCAAGGGUCAGCGAGAGGGAAGAGAAAGAGUUGUUUUAGAGAGCAGGAGACCUUCAGGUGGCUCCUGAAGACAGAGAAGCUGGAAGAGCAAAAAUCAACCUGAUGAGGUGCAAGUUCACUGGGGGGUACAUAGCCAUGGAGGGUUUUCAAGACAGAGAGGAGGAGUCUGUGCUGGGCAUGGAAGGGGACUAGAAGUCCGUGCAGGGACUGACAUGGUGGAGGACAGGCCCCUUCACCCUGUUUGUUUUCUCUCCUUCAAGGCCAAAGAGACAUCCGCAGCUGCCAGGAAUGCUUACAAAGCUUCAAGGCACUGAGGGGACAAUUGAGGCAUCUAAGGAGCAGAUUGGCCAGGGUGGAAGCCACUAUGGGGAUUGUGGUUCCUCCAAGGUAGCUGGACGUUGCUGAGGAAGAAGGGGAAGGCAAAUUAAAAGAGACAACUGUGCUACUAUUUACAUAAGUAGCAAUAAAAUGCUGUGUAUAUAUAUUUAAAAUAUUAAAUAUUUGUUUUAAUAGGAUGUAGAGA